GUCAAAGUCAAUAUGCAUUUUGUAGCAACGGUUACUACUUUUGCAAUCUAAACCAAACAAACAUAUUUUUUGUGUAAAAAAUAAAAGAAACUAUUUAAUUUUAGUCAAUGUAUGAUCAUAAAAGAUUAUUUAUAUUAUAAACUGAUCAUAUACAUAUAAUGGCUUUUGUGUUUUACUUGAAAACGUCGAUGUUUUGUGAUGAGUGAGACCGACGACACAGACGUUCUUUUGCUAAUACCGCCAACGUUCUUUCUUGUGAAUAGCUCCUGUUCCGAGGAUUCGUUCCUCGAGUCCUCUAGAACGGUAGUUCACAAACCGGUUUCGUGCACUGCCAAAGUUAUUGGAAAACUUGUUGAUCAAGUGCAAUCAUUGGAAUCUCGAUUAGAAACCUUAGAAAUAGACACAAGCAACACAUUUUCCAGCCUGGGAUCACGAAAAGUGUGGGAUACGGAAAGUUUCGAGAAUCGUAGUUUAGACCGCAGAUGCUUUACAUUUCCGCGUCGAAAGCGAAGGAAAACUCGGAAAGAAAGAAACGUAUCUCACGUAAAUCUUGACAUAACAAACGAAAAACAACCCGUGUACAAACAGAUUCUUGAUCACAAGGCUUUGCAUUUGACAUUAAAUGAAUCACAAAGUAUGGAUGGUGAUCUCAGCAGUAUUACGUCUACACCGAGCAAGAAAACUGACAAACUUCUCCUACACGAAAUAGAUGAAUUUCUAACUAAAGUGGAAUCGUAUCAAACACCUGAGAACAAAGCCAGAGAUAGUACAAUUAGUUCUGAAAAUGUUAUUCAAGCAACAGGUGACUAUAUAAUGAAGUCUCUUGGCAAUAAGAAUACCGAGGACAUACAGUUGCCUAGCGGUAGGGUGGUGUCCAGUAAUAUACUAGAUAAAUAUAUUUACUUGGUUAAGAACAAACAAACCCAAUCCAAUGCAUCAACUUCAGCCCAAACUGAUUCUGACGCACAAAACUUUUCCUCUGCCACAACUAGGAGUGAACUUGCAAAUCACAAUUGUGCUUCUACAAACAUAAAACACGAUACCAGAUCUCCGAGUAUGAGAAAAUUAAAUUUCUCCGAGAAUAAAGACGUUCAACCUACAUCAACUCCCAAAAGAAAUACACAACCGAGAUACUGCGAUACAUUCAAACCGUCUUCAAACAAAAUACUAGAGAGAGCAUCUAAAGUAUUAGACAACUAUAGGUCGCAAAGCUUUGGUCGUAAUACUCAAAGUGUUACCACGGAAGCUAGUGAUGUAUCUUUUAAGAAGGAUGAUUUUAAAUUACCACAAAUGAAGCCUUUUUGCUUGGAUCGUGACGGUUUUAAAAUCGACUCCAUCGAAACAGAUUUGCUGAGUUUGAGCGAACUUUGGGGCGAGAAAGCUGAUAAGAAUGAAAAGUUUGACAACAUUAAGUUAGAAGAAGAAAGAUUGAAAAGAGAGCAUUGUGAGGUCAUGAUACAGCAGUUACAAAGGAAGUUACUAGAGCAACAGGAAAAGUUAGCCGUUGCUGUUAAAGUGGACCGUGCCAAGGACGCUGCCAUACACAAACUGAGAGAGGCCUGGUUAAGACUGACGGGGAAUCUGGACCAGGCCGAGGAGAGGCAUCGGAAUGCUCUGGACGAGAUGAACAGGGAAGUUGAUAACUUUAAAAUGGUAGCCGAUGAAGCACAGAAGAAAACAAAUCAUUUUGAAACGGAACUUUACAAAGCGUUGGAUCUGGCGCAUGACUACCAGGAGCAAUGCAAACUGUUGACGACAGAAAAGAAGGAUUUACAAGAGAGCUUUCAGAGUUUGCAAGCACAGAGUGCAGAAACAAUGAAACUUAAGGAAAAAGAGUUGGCCAGUGUAAGAGAGAACUGUGAGACACUCAUGAGGUUAAACAAACAGUCCUCUGACUGCGUCGAGAACUUGGAGGUAGCUUUGGCUAAGGAGAAAAACGAUCACGAGAAGACUAAACUCAAAACUAGAGAAUUGAUGGAAACGAUACACAGAAUUGGACAAGACAAGAUACAGCUAGAACAGGAGAGGGAAGCGGAAAGAGAAAGAGUUAACGAAGAGAAAGAGAGAUGUAACAUGCUAGAGGCAGAACUCGCUGCCAUGAAGGAGCAGUGUGCGGAGAUACAGAACAAAUAUGACACCGUCAAGUCCGAAGCGGAGAGUCUCCAAGAACAGCUGGAGGUGGAAAGGAAGGACCUGAAGCGUCACUAUCAGGCGCAGUUGGAGGCGGCCGUUCUGGGCAAGCUGAGGGAGUUCCAGGGACAGCUCGAGCUGGCGGAGGCGGAUAUGGAGCGCGCGGCCCGGGAUAGGGAGCGAGCGGCCGCCCAGAAAGCGGACCGGACCGUCGCCGCCGUACGGGAACAGCACAAGUUGGAGGUGAACGUGUUGGAAGAGAAGCAGAAGGAGGAGAUCAAGCUGUACCGACUCCAGCUGGCGCAGGCGCAGGAGAAGAUCGGCCUACUCGAGAGCAAGUUGUCGAGUUACCGCCGAGGCCGCGGUGAGCUCGCGGCUCAGUUGCACGGCGUGAUGCAGGCGCAGUGGAAACAAGCGCUCACCAUACUCACCAGGCAACACGCCUCGCACUACAGGGAGGACGUGCCGACGCCGCUGGCCAACGAGUUCUCCCUCCAGCCUCCCCUGUCUCCACCCAACAAGGAGCACUCAGGGAACAUCAGUGAUCACGAGCUUCAGCAGUACAUACAAUUGUUACUGUCGAAGCCCCCCGGUCACAUUGCGGAGCCACACAAACCUGAUGAAGAACCAACCCGCGAGCGACGAGAACGGGGGCGAAGUCUCCAAAAGCCGCCGUGGAAGGCCUAGCACAAACGUAUCGUAAUCGUUGGAGCUGCGACCGAUGCAGUACAUUUUGUCUCGUAUUGAAGUCACCUCCGCGACUCAAUAGUCCGAUAGGAAGCAACUCUUAAUGUAAAAUUGAGAAGAUUCAAUAAGAGGCGGGUUCAUUUUGGUUGUAAUUUAAAACGGUUAAUAAAAUAAGACAAUUCCUUCCAUACAUUCCAUAAAUAUGAAUAAUUUGAAUAAAGUUAUAUUUAAAAACAUUUUUUAUAAUUCUCAUACAACGAAACGAGUGUAAGUAAUAUAACGAUUUAUUACAUGGUAAAUGCGACCUACAAUAUACACUGAACAUCUUUAUACAAACAACAUGGCAUCGGGUAGCUUAGAGAUACGACCACGUCGGCUGCGUCGGGGCAAGAUACAAAAAUAUUACACUUACAGUAAAUGUACACUGAAACGAGAACAAGCGAACGAUCCGGCGAUGUCCCGAGUACAGUAGUGACGCGCCGCACGAGCAGCGCCACCGGACACACCUAACAUAUAAAUUCAUAGUCGAAUAUUCAACUUCAAUAACAAAAGGCGUUUUUUAUAUAAAUCUCAUAAACACUCCCGAAACAGAUAUAUAUUACAUUGCUUUAUAUAUUAACAAACAUCGAUAUACACAACGAUCGGAUGCACUCGCGCGGGACUCUCAGAACUUAACAAUGAAGAUAAUUUAUAAGACAUGUUCAAAGAAUCCCGGAAACAGUGUUGCUCACACUAAGCUUAGCGUGAAUGUACGCACAGAAUAAAUA